AUGAGCACUCAUCAUACCUAUCCCGAGUUUCUCUUUUCACCCCCGCGGAAGGAAGAGGCUAUCCUUUUGAACCCAGACUCCGUUAUUCCCAAGGGUUCCGAGUGGUUCCCCGAGUGUAAGAGUAUCCUUGAAUUUGCCCAGAAGGCGGCCAAUUUCACUAAUGGCCCCACUGGUGACCAAGAAUCGCCACAAUCUGCCACCAUUAGUGCCAGCAACAACCCACGCCAAACGAGUGACCUUAACCCUGUGCGGCCUCCUAAUGAAAUUAGACAUAUGGCUGAUAAUAAUGACGUGCGCCUCAAUCCAUCCUCCACUGAAUCAACUGAGACACCUCUGGUUAAUGAUUCCCUAGAGCUUCAGUUUGCGCAGAAGAUAUACCAAGCCCUUGUGGUCAUUCGUGCGGCCAUGCGCCAAUACCGACGACUGGCAUUUAGCUUCAACGGAGGAAAGGACAAUACCGUUGUUCUGUACCUAAUCCGUGCAGCCUGUCUUCAGGCGGUCAUAGAGGAAAACUCAGAUUUUGAAAGCAUCACCCCCCAUGAAUUGCUUCGUUCGCGGUUUAUUUUCUUCUACGUUCACAAUGAGGUUCAGAUAAAGCAGGUGAUGAAGUUUAUGUGUCUCAUAGAUCACGAACAGAACCUAGGGACAGUGGUGUAUUUGGGCACGAGCUUCAAGAACUGCAUUGUCAACUUCUAUAACGACUAUCACUCAGACGCGGUCUUCAUGGGCGUCCGGUCUACAGACCCUAAUGGGAAGACAACCAUCUUUUCCCACUGCUCUCCCUCGUGGCCGCAGUUCAUGAGGGUGUGCCCCAUACUGUACUGGUCUUAUGUCGAUGUUUGGGACUUUCUCAAGAGGUUCCGCAUACACUACUGUACUCUCUAUGACCAGGGGUACACGAGUCUAGGGUCGGCUACACACACUAUAAAGCACCCCACCCUCCGGGAUGGCGCUAUAAUGCACCGGCGAAUAGCAAGUAUGGUACAUGAGCCACAAUUCUCAGCCAUUGGGGGCAGCACACAAACAGGAAAGCAAACGCUGCAACAAAUCACUCACAUCUUCACUAGCAGGGUUUCUCUCUCUACGUAUGGCUCGAACCAAGAGUCCCACACAGCUCGUGACAAAAACAAUCAGCACAACAAAAAUGACAUUCCAGUCAGUAACGGCAGACGCACACCUAUAAUGCCCCAAGUCGAGUGGCCGACAGACCAGGCUCCAAGCGCUGUGAAAGAAAGGGAGAACGAGCAUCCUUGUUCUAAAACGUUGCUACUGACAGACUACCUGUCACGAGGCACUAUGUCAGUUCCAUCCGUUAAGGGCACUGAUGGCAGCACAGAGACACCGGCUUCUACCAAACUUCGUGCAAUAACCUCUACAUCUGUUGCAAGCUUAGUAAGCACUACUGAUGAGGAGAUAGAGCAGGGUUAUCCGUCUAUGGUGACGCCAUCACUUGUGGUGGACUCGUCCAAUUCUAGCAUGAUCUCGCAAGCAAACAUCCUACACGAUCGCAAUAUGCAUCAGAUCCUUGCGGGCCGUGAAACCCACAGACAUCAUCGGUUGUUGUCGAACACCGAUGCAGCUCUUAGCGCUUCCGAGGAGUAUUCAGAAGCAGGGUCCAUUACUUCAUAUAUGGGAGACGCUGGCAACGAAUACUAUGGCUCUGUGACUCCCCAGGAUGUCUGUGCUUACUCUGGACCUCGCCUUGUUAUCGACGAGCUUGUUGCCCGGGGAGUUCCCACAGAGCUCCUACCGCCCCAGUUUGACCCCAGUGAGGAGGAUGGAGAGAUCGAAGACGAUCUCUGUAGCGCCUCUGCAAUCUUUCUUCCUGUGAGCGAAGGGGAAGAUGAACGAAUUAAUAGGGUAUGA